CUUGAAUUUGUGAAAUGCCCGGGCAUUCGAUAAGCACCCACAGUUAAUCACAAACCACCAAAUCGUCGCAACGUCACUUACCAGUCGAAACCAACUAUACGAUCGAAUUACGAGAUCGAAUACUCGAAAAUGGCAUCCGCAUUCGAACCAACCUUAUCUUUAUCAUCUAGCCUAAGCGGUCGGCAAACGUUGUCGGCGACGGCCCCCUCUAUGGCAGACUCUCUGCCGAGCAUCAAUUUCGGGUUCGACGAGCUGCGCGAUCGCAUGGCCAAGUUCAGCGCGAGAUUCGAUGCUUUUAUCGAGCAAGGGAGGAAGCGCGUUCUCGAGGAGCGCAAUCAGUUUCGAAUGAACGUUGCCGAAUUACAAGAGGACCAGCGCAUGAAGAAGAAGGACAUGGAAAUCCUGCAGCACAAGACCAACACGCACCAGCAGAUGAUAUCGAAAGAAGCAGCGGAGACGCGGGAGAUGCAAGCGGCGAUCGCGUCGCUGACGGAGCAGCGGGACCGGAACAAGAGCGCGCGGGACGCGCUGCAGCAGCAGAUCGCGGAGACGCAACGGGAGAUCGAGGCGCGGCUGGCGGCGCAGCGGGCGCACGCGCAGUACAUGGAGUCGCAGUCGCGCUUCAACGUGCCCGAGCUCGACUUCUGGAUGCAGAACCUGUGCCUCAAGAUCGAGGGCGCCGGGCAGACGGACCGCCUGCGCUUCGUGUACACGCACGUCGACGAGAAGGACUGGGACCGCGAGGCCUGGUUCGAGCUGAGCACCUCGUCCCGCGACUACGACGUUCGCCACUGCAGGCCCAAGCUCGAGCGCGAGAAGGUCGAUCGCGUGCUCGAGAGGGUUAACGAGACGAGGGAUUUGGCCGUGCUGUUGAAGGGCAUGAGGGAGUUGUUCGUCGAGGCUAUGCAAUCAUGAGGGGUACCUAAGUUCAUUUUCUACGUUGUGGUUUUAUUACUGAUGAUGAUGGUGGCGUCUGGAGUCGGUAUUAUUAUUACUGUGGGAUCGUGAUAUAUUUGGAUAUUAUGACCGGCUCUAGGUACGAAGGAGAUGCCUUCUUUACUCUCUUUAAUUAGAAGAGUACUUUAUGAAUAAUGCUUAAUGAACGUUUGCCUAUAAAAA